AUGAAGCUCAGACCUCCUACUUUGUUCAUCAAGAACUAUUACAAAAGAUGCUACAGCCAUAAAUUUACACAAUUACCCCAAGAAAGAAGAAUUAGGCUCUCCGGGGUCCUAAUGACGGGUGCCAUUGGUGUUAGUGCACUGAGUUACUACUACUACUCCAUACUGCGACAACAACAAUCCCAGGAACUGUCCCCAACUCAUUUUAUCCCUUACAAGAUUUCCCACAAGAUUGAUAUCGACCCAAGCCACUUCCUUUUAGAAUUGACUCCUUUGCAAAGGCAGAAGGUAAAUUUAUGGUCCCAAAUGGGAUCUGAACAUCUGUGGUCCGUUGAGGUCAAACAACCAGAAAUUAUGGUAGUUAGAAGCUAUACUCCAUUACCUCUGCAAGUAGAUGAGAAUCAGAGAGAAUUGAAAGCUAUACCAGAUGGCUCAAAUGGGGAUGGGAAAUUUGCAUUGUAUGUUAAGCAAUAUGGUAAUGGAGAGGUAGCCAGAUGGUUACACAGAUUACCCCUGGGCCACACUAUAGAUGUAAGAGGACCAUUCGUAGAGUAUGAAUUGCCUAAAUAUGAAGGUGAAAUCUCGAGAAAUAGAGAUUUUCUGUUCAAUGACGAAAUAUCGUCCACUGAAGAAGACAAGUUCAAAUACCAACCAUUUGACAUUGCGAUGUUUACAGCAGGUACUGGGAUUGUAUCAGCACUACAGAUUUUACUCACAGAAUCUCCUCUAAGAGGUAAAAUGCAUUUACGGUACUCAUGUGGUAGUGUCGAUGAGUUAGGUCCUUUAAAACCAUUCCUCUACCAGUUGCACAGAUAUGGACGCAUCGAUCUCCAAGUACUGGAGUCCUCCAAGGAAUUAAACGUAGCUAAACGGCAACAAAAGAUUUGGGAUCAGAUUCCUUCGCCUACCAACUAUUUAGGGCCUUCCAAUUAUCUGGGACCUAACAAGAUUUCUAUUCCCGUAUUAGCAUUGGUAUGUGGUCCAGAGAGGUAUAUUGCUGACAUUUCAGGACCUAGAAUUAAUCUAGCGCAAGGACCAAUUGGUGGUAUGUUGAAGGCGAAAGGAUGGACUGAAGGAAAUGUUUACAAACUUUCUUGA